CGCGUAAUAAACACGCUGACUUCAUCAAUUAGGCUGUUGUGGCAGGUUAACACAUACAUUAUUGUAAAAGUAUAUUAAUUUUAAUUUCUAUAGCCGAGCCGCCUUGUACAUCAGUAAAAGUUUACAUUUUAAAAGACCUCACUAUAUCAGUAAACCGCUCUGCACCGCUGUUGUGACGUUUUGGUCGUUAACAUUUGUCAGAAGGCUGAAAUGGAGAAGAUUGAAAAAGGAAAGAAAACACUAGAAAAAGGAAAGAAAACACUAGAGAAAGCCGAAGAAAAAUUAAAAAUGAAAGCAGAGAAACUUCAAGACAAAAUGAAUGGAGAGAGUAGCCGCCAGGGAACUAAUGAGGGUGCGAGUGAAGAUCCAGGGGUCAGCGAGGUCAACACGGAAGAAAACGACGAAAACCUAGAAAAAUUAUUUGCAGAUGCACAUGCAUUAAUGGGAUCUCUGGAAACAACGUUGAGGUCAAUCGAGGAAUUAAUGAAGCAACCUAGUGAAAGAAGAAAUGAAAAUAGCAUCCAGACAGACACAGAUAACGUGGUGAGCAGACUUACAAACUAUGUGAUGGGCAACCUUUUUGAAAGAGCAAAUGUGGUGAAUCUCACAGAUGGAAGAAAUGAGGUGAUCCUCAGUGGUGGCACCAAUGUGGUGAGCCUCAUUGGUGGCACUAAUGAGGUGAGCCUCAUUGGUGGCACUAAUGAGGUGAGCCUCAUUGGUGGCACUAAUGAGUUUAGCCACAUUCAUGGAACAAACAUGGUGAGCCACAUUCCUGGAACAAACCUGGUGAGCCACACUCCUGGAGCAAAUAUGUUGAGCCUCACUCAGGGCAACAUAAAUGCAGGUUACGUCUUCAGUCCCUCACUAGAUUUUUUGGUGUUAGCAGUUUUUUUGGCUUGCUUAAUCGUGAAAAUGUGUUUAACUGCACUCUUCGGAUCUUUACCAAGAUAUUGAAACAUCAGUGGACUUGUUAUUAACAGAAGAAACCCAACUGCCACAACAUGUCUAGCACGCUUGCCUGAUAUAUACCUCGUUCUCUUGGUUGGUGUCACGUCCCAUCUUCACGCUGUUACAUGUACAUUGUUAUAGGUUUUACAACCUACUGGUGAAGUAAUUGUAAACAUACGUGAACAUACUUUGCGCCAACUAACGAGAACGUAUGGGCAUGUCUUGAUAUAAGCAUAAA